GGCAAGUUGCUAAGGCACCAACCGCCUCGCAGGAAGGGCGGGCAGAGUGGCUGCGCGCUCCCUUUCAAUGUCGUAGCGGACCACCUCAGCUCUAAGCACGUCCGUUCCGCACGGAAACCUCCUGCUCCUCACUUGGACGACAAGGAGGGCGGCGCGGAGGAAGAAGGGGGUGACUCCGCUCCGCGCGGAGGAUUGUGGGAGGAGGUCGUCUCCAGUUUCUCCUCCCCCCUUUCCCUUCCCCCCCUCCCGGCCAAGAUGUCUGACAUGGAGGAUGAUUUCAUGUGCGAUGAUGAGGAGGACUACGACCUGGAAUACUCUGAAGAUAGUAACUCUGAACCAAAUGUGGAUUUGGAAAACCAGUACUACAAUUCCAAAGCGUUGAAGGAAGAUGAUCCAAAAGCAGCAUUAAGUAGUUUCCAGAAGGUUUUGGAGCUUGAAGGUGAAAAAGGAGAAUGGGGAUUUAAAGCACUGAAACAAAUGAUUAAAAUAAACUUCAAGUUGACAAACUAUCCAGAAAUGAUGAAUAGAUAUAAACAACUAUUGACCUAUAUUCGGAGUGCAGUCACAAGGAAUUAUUCUGAAAAGUCUAUUAACUCUAUUCUUGAUUAUAUCUCUACUUCCAAACAGAAUUCUGAUUUUUUAUGUCAGAUGGAUUUACUGCAGGAAUUCUAUGAAACAACACUGGAAGCUCUGAAAGAUGCUAAGAAUGAUAGGCUGUGGUUUAAGACAAACACAAAGCUUGGAAAAUUAUAUCUAGAACGAGAAGAAUAUGGAAAGCUUCAAAAAAUUUUGCGCCAGUUGCAUCAGUCAUGCCAGACGGAUGAUGGAGAAGAUGACCUUAAAAAGGGUACACAAUUAUUGGAAAUUUAUGCGUUAGAAAUUCAAAUGUAUACAGCACAGAAAAAUAACAAAAAACUUAAAGCAUUGUAUGAACAGUCACUGCACAUCAAAUCAGCCAUCCCCCAUCCACUGAUCAUGGGUGUCAUUAGAGAAUGUGGCGGUAAAAUGCACUUAAGAGAAGGUGAAUUUGAGAAGGCUCACACUGAUUUUUUUGAAGCAUUCAAGAAUUAUGAUGAAUCAGGGAGUCCCAGACGAACCACUUGCUUAAAAUAUUUGGUCUUAGCAAACAUGCUAAUGAAAUCGGGAAUAAAUCCAUUUGACUCUCAGGAGGCAAAGCCGUAUAAAAAUGAUCCAGAGAUUCUAGCGAUGACGAAUUUAGUAAGUGCCUAUCAGAAUAAUGACAUCACUGAAUUUGAGAAGAUUCUGAAAACAAAUCACAGCAACAUCAUGGACGAUCCCUUCAUAAGGGAGCACAUUGAAGAGCUUUUGAGAAACAUCAGAACACAAGUGCUUAUAAAAUUAAUUAAGCCUUACACAAGAAUACAUAUUCCUUUUAUUUCUAAGGAAUUAAACAUAGAUGUAGCUGAUGUGGAGAGCUUGCUGGUACAGUGCAUAUUGGAUAACACUAUUCAUGGCCGAAUUGAUCAAGUCAACCAGCUCCUUGAACUGGAUCAUCAGAAGAGGGGUGGUGCCCGAUAUACUGCACUAGAUAAAUGGACCAACCAGCUAAAUUCUCUCAACCAAGCUGUAGUCAGUAAACUGGCUUAACAGAGAACAAGCUUUUACAAGACAUACUUAAGGCAACAGUGCAGUGAUGUAAACCUUAAAAGAACUGGGAAUGGCAAAACUACUGUCGGUUGAUGUGCCCUGAAAAUUAUUGGAGUUAUGGCAGAAGUGCUUUUUUGAUCAGCUGGUUUGUGUUUUGCUGCUGCAUUUAUCCCAAGAAAAACAGCUUUAAUCUCCAGAAGAAAACCAAAAUGCCAUGGGAUUUAUGCUGUAUUGACAUCUUGCCCUAAACAUACAACAUCAUAGUAAUUUGUCAUGGGCAACUAAUGACCAGAGAGAAGAUUUUUGUCAUGAUUUUAAAUACACUGACACGUUACUGUUGGUUAAAUUUAAACAUGUUUUACCUGCAGAAAUUCUCUCACAGAAAUAACCUGCAAUAACUUGAAAUGCAUACCCUUUUGAACACUUCCUUUUCUCAUGUAUAAAUUAAAAUGUUUGCUGCAUUUUGCAAAAUGUCAAUUCUCCAAAAAAAUGUGUCCGUAUAUUUCUGUACCUGCAGUGUAGUAAAGGUUUAGAUGAAACCCCAUAAUGAUAGUGGCAUACUGUCACUUAGGUUUCAAGCAGCAAAAUAAACAGUGCAGCUCAGAAAUUGUACAGUUUGGUUCUUGAUGUGUUUUUUAUAUUUUAGUUUUGUUUUGUUUGUUUUAAUAUCUUAGAGAUUUAAAAUUAUUUUAUCUCCAAUGAUAAGCUAUUUGGGGAUAAAUGAAUUGAUUUGAUGCUUUUGAGGUUUGGCUUUUUUGUUUGUUUGUUUUCUUUUUUUACUUUUGAUGUAAAAGUCUCUUACUAUGAAAGAGAAACAAAACUAGGUAUUUAAUCGUCACAAGUUGGGUAGUGCCAACUUGGUAGAAUAAAAUUUGGAAAAGAAAAUUACCAAAAAUAAUGGGCAGGAUGUUACUUAUUGUCUCUUGAAUUUCAAAAAUUGCUAAAAGGCUUUAAAUUCUGUAGUGAAUCCUAUAUAUUACAGUGGGAUAGAAUAAAAGCUAUAACUAUAAAAAGUGAUUUUUUAAAAAAAAAAAAAAUCAUAAUUAUACCAGAACUUUAUAAUUGUCACUUUGAGAGGUUAGUACUUGCUCUAAUGAUGUACUGUGUAGAAUAUUUUUGGUACCUCUCUUUUAAAACUGAUUUUGGAACCAAAUUGAACCAUAGACUAAAAUCAGUAUAAGUAUUUUCAAAUCUCAAUUCGUUUUUACCCCCAUACUAUAUACUGAUCACCUGACAAAUUCACCAGACAUUGUUCCCAAUGGCUUUGGAGUAUUGCCAGAAAUUAAAUCCAUCCUCAUAGGGCAAAGACUUUUUACCUUUGAGGUUUUCAAAGAAUGUGUCACCAUGGAAGCAAUUUCUGAAGGGGAUUUGCAAGCGGGAAUGGAAAUGUUGUUGGAAUGAGUAUAUUCCCUCUCAAGGUGACCACUUUAAAAGGGAAGAGUGCAUAUUUGGAUUGCCAGCGUCUGGCAUGUUUGUUAAAAGAAAAACUUUAUUAUUCUACACUUAGAACAGUUAGAAUCAAAAGGAAAUGUUGAUAUGGUUAAUUUAUUUUUUCUUUGACUAUCAUCUCUUUCUGAUAUAUAAAGUACAAGUCAGUGGCAGGAAAACUCUUUACAACUUUCAGAGUGAAAACAAAGUGUUGUUGGUAGAUAAAUCCCAUUUUAUAAUCAGCGGUACUAGCAUGGACUUAAACCAAGGCAUGCUUAUUCAGUUUUGUCAACAUUUUAUGGAGAUUUGUGGUAUAUAUUUAUACUCUAGCUCGAUCAUCUCUAGAUUUAGGAAGGCAAUAACCAAUGUCUAUCAAGUUAAAAGCAGUGUGAAUAAACAGUUGGAAAGUUGGAAACUGUAGAACAUUGGAAGAAAACCAAAAAUGAAAGUCAUGUCUAUGGUAGGGAAUAAAAGAGUUGAAGAUAAUUUUAUCAUA